AUGGGCUUCUGGACGAAACUUUCAGUGUUUUGGAUGCCAUUGUUUCUUCUUCUGAGCUUUGUUGAUUCUAUGGAAGCAGACACAUCCUCCACUGAAGACAGCAGCAGCGCAGGAAAGCCAAGCCAACUGGCACAUUGGCUACGGGUGCUCUCUGCCAGCGACCAAACACCUCUCAACCACUCAAGAAGUCUCAUCAAAGUCUUGUUGGAGAAAACCGGUUGUCCACGGAGAACAGACAGAAUACAAGGAAAUUGCAAUCUGUGCUUUGAACCAGAUGCGUUGUUACUAAUCGCUGGAGGAGAGUUUGAAGAUCAGCUGAGAGAGGACGUCGUCCAGCGUGUGUGUCUUCUCCUUCUGUAUUACAUUGUUCAUCAGCAAGAGAUCUGUGCUUCAAAGGUCAACAUGAGUAAUACAGAGUAUCAGUUUUACCUGCACAGCCUACUGAACCUCCGGCAGAACGAAGACUCUGCUAUCCUCUCACAGAACGAGACCGAAGACAUUUUGGCUUUCACUAGGCAAUACUUUGAAACUUCUAGGAGCCAGUGUAUGGAAACCAGAACACUGCAGAAAAAAUCUGGAAUACUCAGCAGUGAAGGAGCUGAUGAAAAGACACUUCCUCAGCUGGCAGAGAUGAUCAUCGCGUUGUCCCUGCAAGGCGUUUGUCUGGGACGAAGACAGUUGCCUUCCCCAGACUAUUUUACAGACUACAUUUUCAACUUCUUGAAUAGCACAAACACUCUCCAUCUACCGGAAUUAGAUCAACUCCUUAACAUACUAUGGACCAAAAGUACCUGUAUCAGAAAGGAUAAAAUGCAUCACCUUCAAAGGACACAGAACAACACGGCAGUCUAUGAUUGGGACUACCAUAAUCUAGCUGCAUCCUCGGAGAGAGAGCCAGACAACGGUCCUGUUUCCUGGGAUCAGUCAUGCUUCUCUGCUAAGCAGCUGGUGGAGGUAUUUCUACAGAACAGCCUUUCGCCCAUUUCCAAGGAAGCCUUUAUGCAGAUGAGCCCAGGAAUCAUCCAGCAAUUGCUCAGUUGCACUUGCCAACUGCCCAAGGACUUACCAGCAAGUCUGCCACCAAGUACCCUUGAGAAGUAUGGCUACAGCACCAUGGCGGUGACAGUGCUCACACUGGGCUCCAUGCUGGGGACGGUGCUGGUCCUUUUCCAUGGCUGCGAGGAGAACUACAGCCUUGUCUUACAGCUCUUUGUGGGCUUGGCCGUUGGGACGCUCUCCGGAGAUGCUCUGCUCCAUCUUAUUCCUCAGGUUCUUGGUUUACAUGAGCAGAAAGCAGAGUUUGAACAUUUCCAUGAAAGCAAAGGUCAUGUUUGGAAACUGUUGGGAUUAAUUGGAGGCAUCCAUGGAUUUUUCUUGAUAGAGAAAUGUUUUAUUCUCCUGGUAUCACCAAAUGCCAAGCAGAGCCAGCCAUCGGUUAAUGGACAUGUGGGACAUUCCCAUCACCUUGGACUCAACUCUGAAUUGAGCGACCAGGCAGGCAGAGGCAAGUCUUCUUCAACAAUCCAGUUGAAAGGCCCAGAAGAUUCUCAGGCCACUGAUAUUUCCAUAAGCAGUGUGACAGCCUCCAGCAGAAAAUGCAAAACCAUUAGCUUGUUAGCAGUAAUGGUACUGGUUGGGGACAGCCUGCAUAACUUCGCAGAUGGCCUAGUGUUAGGAGCCGCCUUUUCCUCUUCCUGUGAGUCAGGACUGACCACAACUAUUGCUAUCUUGUGUCAUGAAAUUCCACAUGAAAUGGGAGACUUUGCAGUGCUCUUAAGUUCUGGCCUUUCUGUGAAGACUGCCAUGCUGAUGAAUUUUGUCAGUGCCCUGACUGCCUUCCUAGGACUCUACAUCAGCCUCUCGGUGUCCGCUGACCCAUGCGUUCAGGACUGGAUCUUGACGGUGACCGCUGGGAUGUUCUUGUAUUUAUCCUUGGUGGAAAUGCUUCCUGAAAUGACUCAUGUUCAAACACGACGACCCUGGAUGAUGUUUCUCCUACAGAACUUCGGGUUGAUCCUAGGUUGGCUAUCUCUCUUCCUCUUGGCUAUAUAUGAACAAAAUAUCAAACUAUAAGUUAGGAGUCUCAAAAUCCUUUAAACAUGAAUUUUUAUAGAAUGGUUGUAUUUCAGUGAUUUGUAAAAGGAGUAUUU